AUGGAACAAGACGAGCUCAAAGAGUUGCAGAAAAGAGUCUUGCGUACAAAGAAAGAUCUUCGCAAAUGGGAAGGCAUUUUUUCUCAAAAGCAUGGCAGACCAGCGACCAUUGACGAUAUUAAAGCGAGGCCCAACAUCGAAAAGUUUUACAAGAAAUACAAUCAUCUAAAAAGGGAUUUGAAGAAGGCAAUGGAGGCAAAUCAGAUGGAGGAUGUCUCCAGCCAGCUCUCAUCAUGUCCUGUCUUUGCUGACAGUCAAGAUGCCGCUUCUACAACAUCAUCACCGUCAUCAUCGCAGCAACGCAGAAACUCAGUUGAAUACAUAAAAUCACCAAGCUCAUCUGGAACAAGAGUCAAUCAAUACUUUCAUCAUGAGAACCGUGAAGAUCGCUUAAAGGUAAGGCGGCUGUCUGAAGUGGAGGGCUUGAAGAUGGCCAUAGCAACAUCCAGUUCAACAACCACCAUUGCAAGCCCUUACGGUAAUCGAGUGCUAGCUGAGGACGAGGCAUUUUGGCUUGAACUUACGCCCACCAGUGCGUCACAGCCAUUGCCUAGUGUCCAUCACGAACAAGUUGCAUCGCCCACAUCGCCCUCCUCUUCCACACAACCGCCUCGUCUCAAAUUGGGAGGAUCACAGUCUAAAAAGAGCCAAAGAAUAUCAAAAAGCAAUCCGUUCCAUCGUAGACAGAGACUUGCUCAGCAGCAGCAAUCCAAGCAAAUUGUGGAAGCAGAGGAGCAAGCACAACUACACUCUCAACCACAAAGACAGCCCUCUCUCAUGCCAUUCUCUCAACAAGCUGCCUCCCAAAUGGAUAUUUCAGAUGACGAGAAUGAUGAUAUGAAUGGCAUACAAGUAGUGAAUCACGAGGAAAAUCCAUUCAGAAACUAUGACCCAUCCUUAUUCCACUGGGAUGAUCCCUCCUUUUCUGUCGGCCCUGGUUUCUUCGGUAGUGCAAAAGCCUGUACAUCCUACAUGGUGCCCAUCCUCAACGAACCUUCUCGAAGAGACAGAAUCCUAAGAAAAAUAGAAAAGGGCACAUUGGGCGAACUAACAGAGGAAAAUCAAGCCAUAGAGGACGAGCUGGCAGAGGAAAUUCGACAGUUUAUCAAUCUUCAUAAUAUUAAUAACCCACAUAGCCUGGAAGCAGCUCUUCAGCCUAUUGAUGAUAAUUUAUUAAAUACACCCGACUAUGUAUAUAAGAAGAGACCCCUUCAAAAGCGACAAACCAAAUUAUUUAAAAUGAAAUUUGUCGAGACCCGAUAA